GGGGAGCUCCUGAGUCCCUGCCGCUGUGACGGCUCGGUGCGCUGCACACACCAGCCCUGCCUCAUCCGCUGGAUCAGCGAGAGGGGCUCCUGGAGCUGUGAACUCUGCUACUUCAAAUACCAGGUCCUGGCCAUCAGCACCAAGAACCCGCUGCAGUGGCAGGCCAUCUCCCUGACGGUCAUCGAGAAGGUGCAGAUCGCGGCCAUCGUGCUGGGCUCCCUCUUCCUCGUGGCCAGCAUCUCCUGGCUCAUCUGGUCCUCACUCAGCCCUUCAGCCAAGUGGCAGCGGCAGGAUCUGCUCUUUCAAAUCUGCUACGGCAUGUACGGCUUCAUGGACGUUGUGUGCAUAGGCCUCAUCGUCCAUGAAGGCUCUUCUGUCUACCGAAUCUUCAAGCGCUGGCAGGCAGUGAACCAGCAGUGGAAAGUCCUGAAUUACGAUAAGACCAAGGACAUAGGAGGAGAUGCGGGGGGAGGGACUGCGGGGAAGCCAGGCCCCAGGACCUCACGGACGGGCCCUCCUGCGGGGGCCACCAGCCGUCCCCCAGCUGCCCAGCGCAUGCGGACGCUCUUGCCUCAGCGCUGUGGUUACACAAUCCUGCACCUCUUUGGACAGCUGCGGCCACCAGAUGCCCGUUCCAGCUCCCAUUCUGGCCGAGAGGUGGUCAUGCGGGUCACCACGGUCUGACCUGGACUCCAGGAGCGGGGGUCUUAAGUCAGUGGAUCCGCCAGGGAUGAGCUCUCCUGGCCGCUGGAGGUGCCAGCUGGACAAGGUGGGGCACUGCUGUCACCACUGAGGAUCUCCUUGGGCGCCUUCGCUGGAGACAUUUUCUGGCCUCUGCUGCCCACUGGGUAGAGACACCUGGAUGACAUUCCAGCCCCCACUGACAGCUCCUCAUACUCAUCCUGAGAUGGCCAGUGAGCAGGAGGGGGAGAGCCGCUUUUCUUCCCUGGAAAGAACCGUCUUUACCUCAGCUCCUAGGGCCUUCCAGCCCCCUGGCUCCACCGCGGUGACUUGGUGAAGGGGGACCAAUGCCAGAAGAAAGGGGCUGCAGACCCCCAUUCCCCACCCCAUGGCCACAGGGCACCUGGCAAUAAGACUAGUAUACAUGGACCUCCCAUUCCCUGCAUGAGGGCAGGGGACUUCCCCCUGCCCCACCCCCCAUUGCAUGGGGGAAGGGCAUAAAGAAUCAUUUAUAUGCA